AUGACACGUGGCACUGGAAAGCUUCGCGACGGGUCAAACGACAGAUUGAGCGACAAAUCGAGCGACAGCCAAUCGGAAAACAGCCCCGCGUCGCCGUCGACCCCGCGGUCCAUCUUAUCUGCGCUCCUGAGUCCUCUGGCCGCGGGAAGCUCGAAGCUCCGGUCGACCUCCGCGUCCGGCGGCGACGAUGGCGGCGACGUCAGCGUCACGCCGCCCAGGCUAACGCCCGCUUCCGCCUUUCCUCUCCCCUUUCCCUUCUGCCUUUCUUCUCCCCUUUCCCUUCUGCCUUUCCUCUCCCCUUUCCCUUCUGCCUUUCCUCUCCCCUUUCCCUUCUGCCUUUCCUCUCCCCUUUCCCUUCUGCCUUUCCUCUCCCCUUUCCCUUCUGCCUUUCCUCUCCCCUUUCCCUUCUGCCUUUCCUCUCCCCUUUCCCUUCUGCCUUUCCUCUCCCCUUUCCCUUCUGCCUUUCCUCUCCCCUUUCCCUUCUGCCUUUCCUCUCCUCUUUCCCCUUCCCGCCCAGACCUACCGCGCCACCAGCUGUGGCGACCGCAGCUAAACCCUUCAAACGUGGUGCGGCAGAUGCAAGAGGCGGGGCGCGCAGACGCGGCGCCGGUGGUGGUGAUGGCGCUGAUGGCGGAGCGGGAGGUUCGGCGCGCGCUGGCGGAGAGGACGGCGUGGGAUCGGCGCACCAAGCGCGCGGUCAUGCGCAUGGCGGCUGUUGCGCGCGCGUGCAAGGUGAGGGAGGAGGAGGAAGGUAGGGUUGGUAGGGAGUGCAGAGUGAGCGCGCUGAGGGAGGAUUCCACGUGGGGUGGCAGGGCGUGCAAAGCGGAGAUUGUCUGGCGAGGGCGCUGGGGCUUUCACUGUUCAGGCGCCUUCGAAUCCGCGAGUCGGGGGCGUGCAACUUGA